CAUUCACGUUGGAAAUAAUUCAACAAAAAAUAUUCUGCUACCUAUUUACAGCUUUGCCAAGACUUCGUAGCAAUAUGACUUCACGUAAAAUAGAGGAUGUUCAUCGGGAGCUACUGAACAAACUGCUGUCGGAUUCAGGGUUGGUCUGCUUCAGGUCACCGACUGAGUCGCCUGAUACCUUCACCAGUUCAGGGUCUGCUGAGGAGCAGGGUCCACCAGAAGAAGAAGAAGAAACGGUACCAGAGGUGGUCUUGGAAGAAGAACCGAAGGUCGUAAUAGAGGAAGAGUCUCUAGAGUCGUUACCAGAAAUAUUCCCAACGCCAUCCUUGCGAUUCGUACUGCCCGACAAAGUGAGGAAAAUUGAGAAACAGAAUAGGAUUCACGUUUUACCAAAAGAAUUCAACACCAGUAUAGAUCCUCUCACCAUUCCGAAGAUCAACACCACACCACAACAGAAGUACAUAGAGAUAUUAGCUGAAAUAGUCGGCUGCAAGAGAUACAAGAGCAGUUUGGCCGAGUUCUGGUUCUUGGAUACCAUGGCUAAUUUGCUGAGAAGAGCACAGGAGGACGAAUUGGAUAGACCCACCCAAGCAAUCCUAAUGCUAUGGUUCUGCGAGUGGAUGAAAGAAAUGGAGUACUUUGACGCCGCUGAUAGACAACGAAUGAUGAAGAGGUUUCAGGAUAAUAUGCUGGCAGCAGCCAGGUAUAUAGCUGAAACUGGUUUCCUACCCGAUCCGAGUACAGCUGGGGUUCAUUACAAGGCCAUGGAACAGGCCGAAAUGGACAGCAUGUCGUCUAAACAGGAAUUGUCGAAGCAAGGAGUGCAUUUUGGGCACGCCAGUUACGAGUGCUGUCUGAGAGAUCUUACGAAGAUCAUUCAUUAUAUUUUUGAUCUUUUCAGCACAGACUACCAAUACAACCUAGUCCGUUCAGUGUUCACGUUCACACCAGAAUACGCGUUGUUAGACGCUCCCUAUCAAAUGCAGAACCCUAAAAAAAUUUAUGCUGUCGCGAAAGCUAAGCCUGCCAAGAAAGAAAAGUCACCCAAGAAAGACAAAGCACAAGCAAAAGUCAAGAAAAAGGACGUUGAAACUGAAGAGUAUUUGGCUUUGAUGGAGUUAAAAGCCAAAGAAGAACGUUUCCUAGAAGAGAAAGAGGAACGUGAACAGGAGGAGUGGAACCGCAAAAGUCACAUUCUACCUCUCACCUUCGCGGCUACGGACGAAUUCUUUAACAAGUACUGGCCUCCACCGCCCCCCGAGCCUGAGCCGGAACCAAGUGUUGAAGUUGCUAAAGGAAAGCCGAAGAAGGGGAAGAAGUGAUGGGGGAUGGGAUAGUUGGGGUGAUUUGGGAUAGUUGUGAUGAUGCGGGAUAGUUAUUGUGAUGCGGGAUUUUUGGGUGAUAUGGGAUAGUUGGGGUGAUGCGGGAUAGUUGGGGUGAUUUGGGAUAAUUGGGAUGAUAUGGGAUAGUUGGCCUAAUGUCGUAUAGUUGAGUGAGAGUAGGUUAAUAUUUGGGAAGAUAGUUAUUUACUGUGUUUAACAAUUCAUUCGGUUAUGUUAACAUUAAA